AUGGAUGAUCUAGCUCAAUUUGUCAAAAAAUGUGAUCCUAAAUAUGCUCGGAAGCGUCCACGCACUCCAAAAUCUUGGAAACGUGAAAAGGAGCGCCGAAAACGAUACGAGCCAAAAUCACUCCCGAAAUUUCCUUCUUGCGACCAUAAUCAAAAAGCUUUUCGGUGCAACCUAGUUUCUUGUCAAGACAUCCGAAAAUUUCAUAGAAAUUUUUAUAAAUGUAAGACCAAAAUCGAUCAAGAUAAUUUUUUGUUAAGAUAUUGUCUUGUCAAUCAAACCAUAAAAAAUAAUCCAAACAGUAAACGGAAAUUAACUAUUAAGUACAAUAUACCUGUCAGUGGAGGUGGUCGAAAACCGGUAUGUCAAAAAACAUUUUUGGACUCGCUUCAAAUAAAGAAAGAUAGGGUUCAGGGGGUGAUGAAACGUUUUUAUUUGAGCGAUGGUUCUCCAUUAAAAGAAAAUAGAGGAGGAGAUAGGAAAAGUGAACAAUAUGAAGCGAAGAGGUUGUCAGUAGAUUGGUUUUUGGAAAAAUUUAAAGGGAUCGAGAGUCACUAUUGCAGAUCGCAAACAAACAGAAUUUAUUUGCCAUCAGGGUUGAAUAUUAGAAAGAUGUGGCGGAUGUACAACCAAGAAAGAGAUGAGGAUUUAAAAGUUAAGCAAAGUUUUUUUAGAAAAAUUGUAAAUAAUUCGUACAACUUUGGUUUUGGGUCUCCCAGAACAGAUGUAUGUUCCACGUGCAUUUCAUUACAAGAACGCCUGAAAAAUGAAAAAAGUCCUAUAAAGAGAAAUGAAUUAAUGAUAGAAAAGAGGAUCCACAGGUUAAAAUACAAAGCUUUCUAUAACAUUAUAAAAGACGAAAAUAAAGAUAUUUUAACAAUUACAUUUGAUUGCCAAAAAAACCAACCGCUUCCGAAACUGCCCGAUCAGUCGGCUUAUUUUAGCAGGCAAUUUAAUUUCUACCAUUUUGCCAUAGUACAAGGAAAUUCAAAAACAAAACUGACAAAGGAAAAUGUGCGUUCCUAUUAUUGGACUGAGUUGAAUCAUGCUAAGGGCAGCAACCAAAUCAUUAGUGCAGUUUACCACUUCUUGCAAGGAACCGUUAUAGAAUCGCACGUGAAGGUACUAAGAGUAGUUUGUGAUGGAUGUUCCGGCCAAAAUAAAAAUACGGGAAUGGUUAGCAUGCUAGGUAAAUGGUUGUAUAGUGAAGCGCCUCGGAAUGUGAAAAAAAUUGAGAUUAUUUUUCCAGUGGUAGGACACUCCUUCAUUCCUCCCGAUCGUGUUUUCGCUAAAAUUGAGAGGACAUUAAAAACCAAAGAAGUGGUUGUUACUCCUUCGGAAUACACCGAAGUUUUGCAGGAAAAUGGAACGUGCAUCAAUCUGGCAACGAUACCAGUUUAUGAUUGGAAGGCAGCUUAUGAUCCCGUAAUAAAACCUACAUCAUCCUGUCACUUUCCAUUCAUGAGGAGCAAACGAUUUUUCCUUACUCGUACUAAAACAGAAAAUAUAUUGGUGCAAGGGGAAGAAACUUACCGCAAUGAAAUUAAUAAAAAAAAAUUAUAA